AUGACGUUCGAUCAACCACUGGCAUCUCCAACAAUAGUAGUGGAAGCUGAAAUGGGAGAACCAUUUACACACCGCCCGGAGCUACACCUUCUGACGCUGCCACUCGAGAUCCGCAUAACGCUGUUCCGGCACCUCUUCCAAUGUCCGGACCCGAUAAAAAUCGAGUCGACACACGAAGAGCACGACCUCUUCUUCGACGACCCUCAAGAACAACAAGAACAAGACUCCCCUGAUACCGCCACCACCGCCACAAUAUCAUGGACGCUUCGCCGCCCCAAAACACCACAGAACGGGCUCUCAGCACAAUUCCUGCGGGUGAGCCGUGAAAUCCACGACACGGGCCUGCCCUACCUAUACAGCCUGAACCGAUUCGACUGCUCGUCGCGGUCCGCACUGCCGCUGCUCCUGACGCAGCUCCGGCCCAGCACGCGCACGAGCGCACACAUCCGGCAUGUGGUCCUGGACUGGGACCAGCUGCAGGACUUCGCGUGGUCGCUGGCCAAGCCGGCCCAGGUCGCCGCCACCAGCGGCAUCCAGGAGCUGCACCUCGCCAACUGGCGCAUGCGUGUCCUCGGCGGCUCCAGCUUCCUCUGGCGCGACUAUAAGUCGUAUGAGCGCCAACUGUGCCAGGCCGCCAAGGACAUCUGUCUGAAGCAUCCGCUCUUGCGCUGUGUCUUGCAGCGGCCCUUUCAUCGUCCGACGACGACGCCGGCGGCGAGGUCCGAGUCCGUCAGGGCGACGCAUCGUGUUAAAUGGCGCUUUGUCACGGCGGCCGUGGGUGAGCGGGUUGCCGCUUUGGGGCCUGCUGGACGCGGUGGAGAGAGGGUCGUCGAUUUGGACCAAGAACUGGCUUUACUGGCCCCGGCUGCUGGCAAGGAUGUCAACAUUUCGUCUUUACAAGGCGGCAUUGAUCCGGUCUAG